AUGUCUCACGAGAUGGCCAAUGAGAAGGGCGAAGCAGAGAAUUCUACUCUAUUGACACCUGAGGCUAUCAAUGGAGCUGUUUCGCCUAGUCCAAGUGCAAGCUCUUUUACUUCUUCUAUUGAAACAAGCGAUUCGGAGUUCACUUCAUCGUGGGCAAAGUUGCAAGAUGUUUAUUCUCGGAACAUCGGACUCUUUUAUGUUCUGCUGGCACAGCUGUUCGCUUCCAUUAUGUCCAUGACAACAAGGCUCUUGUCAACUGGAUUUGAGACAAAAUUUCAUGCUCUUCAGAUAAUCUUCGUCCGAAUGCUUGCCACUGCACUGAUUGGGUCUUUCUACAUGUGGCGUGAAAAAGUCCCCGAUUUUCCUUUUGGGCCGCGCGAAGUUAGAGGAUUGUUGGUGCUGAGAGGCAUGGCCGGAUCCGUUGGGCUCUUUGGUCUUUAUUAUUCUCUUUCAUACCUCGACGUUUCCGACGCGACGGUCAUCACUUUCCUGGUCCCGACUCUGACAGCAUUCAUUGCCUGGGUUGCUCUACGCGAACCGUUUACCAUCAAUGAAGCCUCGGCAGGUCUCAUCGCGUUUAUAGGCGUUCUUUUUGUUGCUCGUCCUGCUUUCAUCUUCCCACAUAAUGAUUCCUUCCUAUCGGGAUCAUCCUCUGAUGAUGAAAACGUCACCAAAGGAAUUCUUUCAGCAGUCAAGGCAACACCCCAGGAGCGCACAAUUGCCAUUUGCUGUUCCAUUUUCGGCUCCAUUGCUGCAGCGACAGCUUACUCAACUAUUCGGGUCAUUGGAAAGCGAGCUCACUCUCUUGUGAGCGUCAACUACUUUGCUGUGCUGGCUACUGUCAGCUCUUUUCUCAUCAUUACGAUCCAUCCUGAUUUGCAGUUUGAGAUCCCCAAGAGUCUCGCCGAGUGGGCCAUUCUUCUCUCUAUUGGGGUUUCGGGCUUUCUAUUCCAGGUUCUUCUUACUGAAGGUCUACAAAGAGAGAAAGCUGGCAGAGCUACCAACCUUAUUUACGUACAGCUUGUAUAUGCAGUCAUCAUUGACCGUGUUAUCUGGGGAGCGACUCCUCCACCUGCCAGCUUCAUUGGCAGUGCUCUUAUUAUUGGAUCGGCUGUCUGGGUGGCCUUGCAAAAGAAGGCUCCCGCAGAGCUGAAGCAGGUGUCUGAUGAGGAGAGUAAUACUGGCCUUGGCAAGGAUGGGACAAAGGAGGCAUAA